GGGUGCACCGGGCAAACGGAGGCCCACACAAAGACGACGAUCAAAACUUGAGCCGAGACCAGGUCAAAUAAAUGAGCUGAGGCCCAAAACCAGAACCAGUGCAAGAUAUAAACUGAGAAAAGUGCCAAGAUCAAGACAAACACCCACCCUCCUGAAGCAAAGGGAGGGACAACAAAAAAGGCUCAGGGCAGUGAGGAGGAGACUGCCUCAAGGAGAUGAGGCAGAGGAGUCCUUUAAUUGGCCCCUGGGAACCAAAGAUGACCCUGCGACCACCUGCCACGAGCUGGGACUCAUACACCCACAUCUGAAUGAUGGUUACUUUUACAUGGACCCAAACCAAGGCUGUCCCUAUGAUGCUCUGAAGGUGUUCUGCAACUUCACAGCGGGAGGAACAACCUGCAUUGACCCUUUAAAGUCACAGAUUAAGUUUAUGUGGGAACCAGAGAAUCAGGAAUCAAGGAGGCCUCUCCAGUGGUUUAGUCAGCAACGUGGUGGAAAAAAGUUUGAAUAUGCUGGUGUGGAUGUUGUCCAGCUGAGGUUUCUGCGGUUACACAGCCACACAUCUUUCCAGCACAUGACUGUCAGCUGUGCAGCAAACCACUCCAGUGCUGCUACUUCCAUGACUAAUUCAAUCAACAGGACAAUCCACUUCCUGGGGGACUCUGGCAAAGAAAUUGAUCCACACCUCAUCACAGUGUCCAGAAAAGGCUGUGAGGUGGAGGUGGUUGUGAGGGUUCGGGGGAGCACGGAGCUUCAUCGAGGAGAUAUGGAGCUGCUUCCUGUCAGAGAUCUUGGUGUAGAGAUGAGGGGAUUAUCUCCCCUCAGCCCUGACACCACCAUGGUCCUGGGACCCCUCUGUUUCUUGUGACCGACGAGUCACGUGUGUGCAUGUGUGACUGUGUUUGUGUGUGCGCCUGUGUGUAAUUAAACUCUGUAAAUAUAAUUUUCAUAUAGAAAGCAGGGAUGUGUGGUGUCUAUAUAUUUUACAUGAACAUUUUGUUACUCAAUGCUGUACUGUAUUUUAUAUAUAUUUAUUAAAUUCUGUUCCUUCAAUGUUUGCGUGGCACCAAAUGUUCAAAUGAAAUGGACUUGGAAUUUCAAGUGUGUUCAGUGUCUCAUCCUCCACACAGGGGAAUGAUGUGCAGCACUGUCAAAAUAAAAUGAUCACAGUGAACGUGGAAUGAGACUGAGCCAUGAUUUAUUUGUACUGAAUCUGUUAUUAAGCAGCAACUUGAUUUUUUUUUAAAUGUAACUACAUAAUGUGUAGGUUGUGAUCUCAUACCAGUCAGGUUCAGUUUUACCACUGAUGAACCUGUAAUAUGCCCAUGGAAAACACAGUUAUCCAGAAUAUACAGUAUAGCAGUUGUUCAGUGUUUUAUGUUUUUGCUUGGAGGAGAUGAGUUUUGUCACACACAGCAGGAAAUGAAAGAGUAUCACUUGUAGAGCUCCAUUUAUCUCAGCCCAUCUGUGACUUUCAGGCCUGGUGCCAGAACAGUAAAUCCCCAAGUUUGUUUGGACUGGCAAUUCCCAAGUCUCCAAGUUCAGGGAUGUCCACGGCUUGAUUUUUUAUAGUUGGGUGACAGUGCAAAUUGUGCUACCAUGGGAAUAUUUAACAUGUUAUUUUGAUUGUGCGUGAUCACAUCAGAAAAAGCCUGCAGCCAGGAAGCUGAAAUGACCUAAGUCAUGGGGUCUUUUCCAACAGACUAUACCGAAUCAUGGAAGUACGAUGAGAUGUGACUGCCUUUUAUUAAAUGCAUGUUGACACCCCCUCUCUCACAAAUUCAACCAUGAUCCUCUUGUGCCCUUUAAUCAUAUACAACAGCACAGUCCAGAAGCUAGUUCUGUGGUUACAUAUGCCAUCAGCUGGAAACGUUACAUUAUAGUAGAUAAUGCAGUUGUUCAUGAUUUUUAUAAAUGCAUCCUUGUGCUUUUGCAGUAAACUGUAUUUGCUACACUUGACUCAUAAGACCAGUUCAAUUUAUGAUUUACAACUCAUCAUGCUUGACUUAGAAGGCACACUGUCUCAUUCAAAAGUAUGUUUUCACUUUUUGGGGGCACUACAGUCAAAAACAACUUAACUUGGUUGGAUUAUCUUCAUUAAAAUAAAUGUGCUUGUGUUGCAUUUAUGAACCUGUUGUGAGGACUGGAUAUGAGAUAGUCAUUCUCAUAUUAGCUGUGUGUAAUGUGAUAACAUAAAUGUACUAAAUAAAGAAAAGACA